GCAACAUGCUUGCAAAAGCAGAAGCCUUUAGACGCUGGAUAGAAAAAAAUUAUUGGAGGCCUUGUUGCGUGAGGAGGGCUCUCCACCAUUAGCCUAGGUCUGGCUUUCUCUGCAACGCUAGAGCCAGAACAUCCAUCUCCGUAAUCCUAACUUGUAAGAUUUGUCUAGGGUACAAAUCCUACCCCCAAAUUUAGCGGAUGGAUAAUAACGGGAUAGAUCUCGUCCCUUUCUUCUUUCCAAUGGUUUCCUAGAACAUUCUUUCUGGUUCGCAGGCUGCUGCGCUACCUUUUCACGUUAGAGUACAGUACCGGUACUAUGCUUAUCCGUCCCAACCAUGUAUCUUGCUGGCGGGCUGGUUUAUUCGCGGGACUAUGUUCCAUCAUCGCUCUUUACAUCUUCUUUGCACGAGGUCACAUCUCAACUUUCCAACCAUUUCUUUCCGCCGGCUCUGCCUUUUCUGCAGACUACCAGACUAACCUCAUCUCCUACUGGAAAGAGCUCGCGAGUUCCCUCGAAGCCGCGCGCCCAGUAUGUCCUCCCAUCAACGUCACGACCGAGGAAAUGCCCAAUGAGGAUAGAAACUUUGAACCGCUUAAGAAGAAAGAGAGACCGGAACGAUUAUUUCUGCCGGCAGGAGACGAGGCGGAGCUGAUGCGUGCACAUCGCCAUAUGCGCGUCGCAGCCCGACGCCUAGCACCGCUAUUACCAGUUGGGGAUGAGACUGGUAUCGUCACGACUGGCGGAUUGAAAUUAUUCCCUGUCUUGCUUGUAUCUCUACGCAUGCUUCGGCGGACAGGAUGUACGUUACCGGUUCAAGUUUUCCUCGGUGAUCAAAAAGAGUAUGAAGAAGUAAAAAGUACAUGUGAGGAUGUGCUACCGAGUUUAAAUGCACAGUGUCACGUCGUUGAGGAUGUCUAUUCGACAGCGGAUGUUGCUAUCGCGCCGCCAGAGCACUUUCAAUUCAAAAUCCUCGCCAUUCUCUUCUCGUCAUUUAGACAUGUUCUUUUUCUCGACGCGGAUGCAUUUCCGGCACACGACCCAACACCUCUCUUUAAUUCUCCACCAUACACAACCCACGGCCUCGUAACGUGGCCCGGAUUCUUCGCCAACACCGCAUCCCCGCACUACUACCACAUCGCAGGCAUCGCCGUACCGCCACCAAACCGCGGCACAGAAUCAGGCCAACUACUACUGGACAAGAAGCACCAUGCUGAAAGUAUUCCCAUGAUGGUAUAUUACAACUACUUCGGCCCGGACUACUACUAUCCCUUACAAUCGCAGAACGGCCCGGGGCAAGGCGAUAAAGAGACGUUUAGCGCUGCUGCCGUGGCAGUGAAUGCGCCUUUUUACGGGGUGAAAACCCCCGUGUCAGCCCUCGGCAAUCAUGUCGAUGGACAAUACAUAUUCGCUGGAGCGGGCCAAGCAGAUCCCAUGCAAGAUUAUCUCUAUGACCCUCCUUAUCCAAACCACAUACAACCCGAAUACGAACGAAAUGAGGAGAAGAACCAAGUUAGAGCCUUUUUCGUGCAUACAGUGUCUCCGGAAACGAAACUCAAUCCGCUGAAGCUUUUGCGCGAGGGCGGCGUGGCAUGGGAUGCAAAUGGGGAUUGGCAUAGGAUAUGGGGGAAGGAGAAGAACGUAGUGGAAAAAUUUGGGUACGAUGUGGAGAAAAGGAUGUGGGAGUGCGUGGAGGAGGAAGCUUGCAGGACGGAUCAGGACGUGUGUAUGGAGGUCAAGGCUUUCUAUGCGAAGGUGUUUGGGACGAUGCCGGCGAAAUAGCGACAGGACUUGUGUUGAAGAACUGCGACUGCUUCACUGUUGUUCCUGCGUGGCCAUCAGUCAUUGCCUUGGUACAAGUGGGCUACUGGACGCGCUUGCGGCGCCGUUCCAUCUCCUUGUACAGGUCUUUCAUCGAGCACCACGGCCGUUGCACCUUGUUCGCGUCUUGCCAGCCAAUACGUGGCGUAGGACCGGGCAGGAAAUUCGUUGGAAAGCGUGCGUUCGGCACUAGAAAGGUCGAGGAGUGUUGGAUCGGUAUUGCUGUCCCGGUGCAGGACUAGAAUGGCUCAAACGCUUGGAGUGGAGUGCGCGUACCCUCUGG